AUAUAUAUAUAUAUUUAUUUUUUCUUUGUCUCAUUUGGUUCUGAUUUGCCUUGGAUCUGCUCUUCUUAACGGAUUACAUAUUUUAGGUUUCGGAUUUGGACAACAAGUGCAUUGAGAGUGAGUAUUUUGGGUUUCUGUAGUGGCUUCUUGAUAUUUGUACAGUCUUAGGUGAAAUCCAGGUCUUGGUGGUGGCAAUCGUGAAGCGUGGUACGGUGGGAAGUCGUGAACUUAUUUUCAACCUGGGGUUGAUGGAGUGAUCUCAAGCAUCUGAAUAGCUGUUUCCUGCUUCCUCUGGUGAAGUAGGUGGGGGGUGUUGCAUGUUACAAUGUCCGGAAUUGACAGGAUGAAUCUGAACACGUCAUCGCAAUCGGAUAUCGAUGAGAUCGAGAGUUUGUUCAACAUUAGCGUGCAGCCUGCAACCCUAGAGGUGCCCCAGUCGGUUCCUCCCGCUCGAAAGCCGUCCAGUCCCCCGACGAUUCCUGUGUCCGCACCUCUGCUGCCUCCUUCGUCGGUUUCCAGCAGCAGCCAGGCAUUCUCCACCCCAGCACCGGCUGGGCCUACGCUUUCUACAGGUUUCGGCGGAGGCCCUCAGUACAACACGCUGACGGAACCAGUAUGGGAGACGCUGAAGAGAGACUUGGUGAGGGUGUCGAACAACCUGAAGGACGUGGUGCUUCCGAACCCGUACCGUGAGGACCCCGGGAAAGCGUUGAGGGACUGGGAUCUGUGGGGCCCGUUCUUCUUCAUCAUAUUUCUAGCAUUGACGCUGUCGUACUCGGCGUCGGAGAACAAGUCGAAGGUGUUCGCGGUGGUGUUUGCGACACUGUCGGCGGGGGCGAUAGUGCUGACGCUGAAUGUGCAGCUUCUGGGAGGGAGCAUCAUCUUCUUCCAGAGCUUGAGCGUGUUGGGGUACUGCCUGUUUCCGCUGGACGUAAGCGCGCUGGUGUGCCAGGUGAACAACACAAAGUUGUUUCGGAGCCUGGUGGUGCUUGUGGCGUUGGCGUGGAGCUCGUGGGCGGCAUACCCGUUCGUGAGCACAGCAGUACCGUCGAGUCGGAAGGCGCUGGCCGUGUACCCGGUGCUGUUGCUGUACAUCACAGUGGGGUUUCUUGUGUUGGCGAACAACUGAAAGAGGAGGGGACAUUUUGGGUGGUGUGCAGGAGUUGGAGCAGAGACGUAGGACAUUGUGUAGCGGUUGGUGAUAGGGAGCAUGGGAGGUAUUUAAUGUACGUUCGGUUUCAGCUUUAGCUUGAUCGGGUAAUGUAGAGUGGAAUUCAGCGUAUGGCAUUCUUGAGGGCACAUUUACGCACUAAUCCUCGAUUUUUUUAAUUUUUUUAAUUUUUUAAUUUUAAUUUUAUGGUGACAUUCACCUUUUCGCUGA